AUGAGUGCCCACGUCGUAGUGAUCGACGUGACGGCCAGGCGGGCAACGGUCAAGACGACCCCCUCCAAACAGAUGACAGAUAUAUUACAAGAAGCAUGCAGGAAACUUGGAUAUAACUCGAGUCAAUAUGGACUGAAGCACAAUCGCAGACAGCUCGACCUGUCUCUGACCUUUCGUCUCACCGGCCUAAGUACAGGCGCGAAGCUCGAACUUGUACAGCUAUCUAAAUCGCCCUCGGUCGUCACAGUUGCUCUCCAACUCCCAGAGUCCGAAGCCCGUGGGGCACCUAACGGUCGUAUAUUGGACAAGUUCCCGAGUACAACAACUCUUUGGCUGGUACUACGCAAAUUUGAAGCAGGUGUGGCAGGAAGUACGUCGGUGAGGAACCUCACAGCGCGCGGAGUGCCAAGCGCUUCGGCUGGAGAUGGGGAUUCUGCACGUUUGUUCUAUGAAAGCCCAGUUCUUCAGAUUUUGGACCGUGAACUGUCAAGCUUUACCGACCUUCAAAAAUCACUUGCUCAGCUUGGAAUCAACAGUGGUAACAUUCUCAUGAGAUUGAACUUUCGACAAACGGAGGAACCUAUAGAAGAGGCGAUGGUUAAGAUUGGCGAAUACUUCAAGGCAUCCGGGGAUGAUACCCCAGCCCCAACUCCGAACCAACCACCCGUUCCAUCUGCCGCAGAGGGACAGAAUGAAGAUAGUCCGGAGCCUGCCCAGCCUGAAACGUCCAACCAGUCAGCUGCGCCUGUAUCAGCUGGCCAAAAUGAAUCGCCUCCAGAUGCCCCUCCUGUACAACCCACUUCAGCUUCAGUUUCAGGCCGAUCAAUCACUGUCUUCUCCCCACCGUCAGCAGAUACACCGUCAUCCGCUCAAAUACCCUACAACGAAGCAGACUAUAUCCCUUCGGUGGAGCAUGCAAAAGCCCAUCAACGACAACUGAAUCAAUCCUCUCGCAACCAGCGUCUUCUGACCGAUGCCGAGCUUGCAGCUAAAGCAACUGCAGAGGAGAAACGACGCUCGGGGAUCAACGAAGUGGACGUGAAAGUACGCUUCCCAGAUCAGAGCCAGGUGGUAUCUAAAUUCGGACCUGAAGAUACUGGAAAGUCGCUUUAUGGAUUCGUCCGUAGCUGUCUGGGCCCAGCAUACAAAGGCGAGAAGUUUGGUCUCAAUGUAUUCGUCAAUGCGACACUCGGGCGCCCUGGACAUUCAAGGGCCAUACCCGAGUCUGAUAAGCGCUUGAUCAAAGACUUGGGGCUGGCAGGUCGUGUACUUGUCAACUUCACCUGGGCUGAUGCUACAAGUGAAAUUGCCCAACAACGCCGCACAGAUCUUCUACGCCCCGAGCUUCUUGACCAGGCCCGUCAAAUGAAGAUUGACCAACCUUCGGAAAUUGCGGAGGAGCCUGCAGCGGAAGCCUCAUCCUCCAAGGCCACGGCUUCUAGUGGAUCUGGGGAAGCUACGAAAUCCUCCGGCUUGCGGAAGAAUGGCGGUGUACCUAAAUGGCUGAAGUUACCUGGAAAGAAAUGA